AUGAGUUCCAUCUCUAAUGAUCUACUUCUGGAGAUAUUCUCGAGACUGCCUGCAAAGUCAAUCGCGAGGUUUUAUUGCUUGUCGAAGCUAUGGGAUUCCAUGCUUCACCGUCCCUAUUUCACGGAGUUAUUCUUGACCAGGUCCUCGACUCGUCCACCUCUCUUAUUCGCCAUACAAGCCGACAAAGGAUAUUUAUACGGUGAGUGGAGCUUCUUCUCGUUGCCUCAGCCUCAGAAUCCAUAUGAAAAGUCGUCUUCUCUUGCAGUAUCCCCCGAUUUCCAGUCGAAGUUCCCUGAACACUUGUCGUUAAAAUAUUAUGGUUAUGCCUCUGGUUUGAUCUGUUUCCGUAGGAUACUUGUUGAGGAUCAAGUGCAUGUAAUAUGUAACCCUAGCACAGGACGUUAUGCGAUCUUACCUAAACGGAGAGAAGCCAAAUCUGAAAGCUUUUUAGGGUUUGAUCCGAUUGAGAAGCAAUUCAAGUUGGAGGAAGAUCCAAAGUCCCUUAACCCAUUCGCCUUUGAGUGUAGAACGCCUUUGAGUGUAGAAGGGAUAUGCAUCAAUGGGGUUUUGUAUUACUUUGCUAGAACAGAUAAUGAUGAAACGUCUUCUGUGAAGAUAGUUUGCUUUGAUGUUAGGUUUGAAAAGUUCAAGUUUAUUGACGGAGAAUCCUUUUAUGUGGCCUGUCAUACAAGAUUGAUAAACUAUAAGGGUAAGUUAGGUGUGAUUAAUUGGGAGGCUGAUGGCAUUCAUGAUGCCAUUGAGUUGUGUGUGUGGAUUCUAGAGGAUGUCGAAAAACAGGAAUGGUCGAAACGUGCAUACACUUUUCGGGACGAUAAAAUUGUUGAUCUUAGCAUUGUUAACGUAGUUGGAAUGAAUCUUACAGGUGAAAUUGUUUUGUCGACGUACUAUCCUUAUGUUAAAUAUUUGCCUCCUUUUUAUGUUUUCUACUUCAAUCCCGAAAGGAACACUCUCCAACGUGUUAUAAGCCAAGGUUUUGGUGAGACUCUUAUAGUUAGAAAAGUCUUUGUAGACUAUGUAGAGGAUCUUAAUGCUAACGAUGCAAAGCUACUCAAGUCAAGCAUCUAUGAUGCUACAUCUAUGGAGAAGAAGAAGAAGCCAACACCACAUCAUCGGGAAGAGGUAAGAGAAAGGGACAUGGAUCGGAGGUAUAAUGAAGGUGUGAGUAGGGAGAAGAAAUACAGAGAGAAAGAUGAAAGAGACAGUCGGGAAGAUGAAUACGCAAAAAGAAGAAGACGCAGCGAAGAGACUAGAGAUAGAGAGAGGCGUGCAGAGAGUGGAAGAAAUAGAGACGAUCCCUGGAGUAAUAAGAGUAUAAGUGGAGGAGAAUAA